GUCGCAGUUCAAUGACGUAUGUGAUUCAAUGACCGUGAGCUGUGUGACAUGAGUGUAAAGGCACUACUCAAACCUCUAAAAUGAUGAAUUCGUCUGGUUUCGUGUGUUUUUUGAGACGUUCGUUGUUACAGCUGGAAUGCAGAAUUAUAGAGGCUACAGGACUUGACAGACAGUUUGCCCCAGCUCUAGCUGUCCAUGGGCCCAGCAUCCUCCCACAUCCCCACGAUGAGCAAGAGGUGACCUCGGAGCCCAGCUUCCUGGACAAUGUGUUCUGGAUGGCAGCACCCAAAAAGAGACGCACAAUAGAAAUCAACAGGACCAGAAGACGAGACCCAAGCUUUAUGCUCAAAGUUAAGACCAACAUUGAGCCGUGCGUGGAGUGUGGCCACCUGAAGCAGAAGCAUAUUCUGUGUGGGUUCUGUUAUGAGAAGAUCAGGAAGGAGACAGCGCUGAUCCGAGGUCAGAUUAAAGCCAUGGAGGGCAGGCCUCUCAACACACCAGCGCAGGAGACCCUGGUCCUGUAUGACAGCGAGAGUCCAUGGGAGUCCGACAAAGACAAGAGGAUAGUGGAGAGAAACAGAAAACGACCCUCCUGGUUCAGUAUCUAUUGAGGUAGCAUUUAGUCACACCAGUAAUUAGGUUGCUAAUAUCCCAGUUUCUGUCGUGAAGUAAAUGCAUUGAUAAAAAAAAUCAACAGCA